GUGAGGACCCCCGCCUGCUGGCUAUGUAUUCAGCACAGUCCAUAUGUUUUCCACCAGGUUCUCCUCUGGAUCCAUGCAUGUUGCUGAAUGGCUCGGUGUCAUGUGUACAACUGCUUGUCAAGUGUCCAGCCUCCAGGAUCUAUGGCCUUGCAGUCAUCAACAGUUCCCAGGUUAUCCAACAACGGACAGGUUAUAACUUCUCCAAGUGUCACCGUCCAAAUGAAGGCAGCAACGCUUGCUCCAGUCUACUCAGCAAGUCCCAGGUGUUGGUGAAGGUGAUACAGACCUGCUUCCAGCCUUUCAUGAUGAUGAACAGUACUGUGUCAGAUGCUGACAAGUGCAGCUUUUACAAAUCUGGACUUGCCUGUGCAACACAAGCGUCCCAAAUGGAAGGGGUGCGUUGUUCCCUUGACGAGAUACAUGGUAUGCUCAUCCCCUACUUGACGAUGUCUGGCAGUACCUUCACCUUGAGUAACUGUUCAGUGUCUGCAUCGGACAACUACACCGUGAAGCCACUUUGCAACGACUCCUACUUGCUGGCUGUGUACGCAGUCAGCUCCACCGCCUGUAUGCCCAGUCAACUAAUGAUUGACCAGUGCAGCAUGAUGCCAUCCAUCAGCUCUUGUGUACAGAUGUACCUAAACUGUACACAAUCUACCAUCAACUAUGCCCUCAUCAACAACACUGCCGUAGUCAGGAGGAGGCUCAGCUAUGACUUCUCCUCCUGUUCAGGCCAGCCUGCAGUGAUAUACAAGUACAACGACACUGUUCGUAUUGACAUGCCUUGGCGAAACGAUCUGUACAAUCCAGCCUCAAGCUACUACAUCACUGUGAAGUCUGCGAUGGAACGAACUCUGAAGCCAGCAUAUUCCUAUCUACCCAACUUCAAAAAUGUCACCGUUCUUGGGUUUUGGUAAGUGUGAAAUCUUU